AUGAACAAUCAUCAAGACACCGCCAAGGAUGUCCCCGACCUGGGCGAAGCAACAGGAUCCACCUCCGGCCCCAACGCCGACCACAUCGAGCCUGACGCGAAACCCACCACCGAAAAAGGCCCCACAAAACGCGCAACACUCACGGAAUCGCAGAAAUACGCCGUCUGCGCAUACAUGCAAGACCAGUACACCACCCAUUCUACCCACCUCACCAACAAAGCCGUCGUCCAAUACAUCGAAUCCCAUUACGGUCUCAAGGUGAAUGAAUCUACGGUGUCGAGGUUGAGGGCACAGUCGACGACGAGGUUGGCGCAGGGGGUUACUAACCCGGCGUUGAAGCGGCAUAGGGCGGUUAUGUUCCCCGAGUUGGAGGCCAAGUUGGUCGAGUUUGUCAAGGGGGUUGGACAGGGGCAGAGACAGAGGCAGGGGCAACAGCACGGCGGAGGAGUAGAAAACGAGGGGCAGGAAGGUGGAGGAGGAGGGGGGUUGCCGGAUUCAGUGAUUUUGGCGAAGGCGAAGGAGUUGGGGAGGGAGUUGGGGGUUGAUCAAGAGGCGUUGAGGUUCUCGGAUGGGUGGCUGUUCAAGUUCAAGUUGCGCCAUGGUAUGAGACCUGCCUCUGGAACGACGACGACAACGGCGUCUUCUAAUUCUCUUUCGACGGCAGGAGCAGGGACGGCGGUAUCAGGGGCAGGAGCGAUUGUGGGAGGUUCAGGAACAGGAACAGGGUUUUCUCCGCGUGCGCCUGUAGUGGUGCCAACAGUGGCAGUGGCGUCAGGAUCUGCUAUUCCAGAACCACAGCAACAGCAGGAACAAGGGCAGGAGCAGAAGCCGGCGAGGGCGACGCGGUCAAAGGCCAAGAAACAGCGCAUCGAUGAUGCUUCAGAGAGCAGCCUGGGCGGGACUUCUGGUAAUGUCGAGGGUUUGGAUAUUGGGGGCAUCAACAUCGAGGAGGCCGCACCAGUAGCAGUAUCAACAACCAAGGCCCGGAGGAAAAGCACUCGAAAAGGAACAGGAGCUCUUGUGGAAGAUACGACGACAGCAGUGGCGGUGGAGGAUCAUACAGAAGUAGUGUCUGCUCGUGGUCGUCGUAAGGCAGGAGCUUCAUCACGGCACAGGGAUUCAUUAUCGACUUCCAAUGAGCAGCACCAGCAGCAGGAGUUGUUGGAUAUGGGUCUGGACAUGGAUUUGGAUUCGCAUAUGGGGAUUGAACCAGAUUUGGAUGUUGAUGAGGCCAGUAUGGAGCAGCACUUGUCUGCAGCAGCGGCGGUUCGACAACAUCAUCAACAACUUAUGCAUUCUGCCAGUGGUUCUGCAUCUGGAGGAAGUUCUGACGCGGUCUCUUGUCCGGUCAUGCAGAUGGAGAUACUGUCCAAGGUCUAUGGAACUGGAUCCUCGAUAGCUAUAACGCCUGUGGAGCAGCAUCAGCAGGAGCAGCUUCAGCGACAACAGCAGCAAACGCGGCAGCGGAUGACACGCCAGCAGCAACAGCAGCAACAACAACAACAGCAGCAGACUGCAAAUGACUUGAUGGCGGGUCUUACAUUCAACAAUAUGAGCAAGAAUCACAAGUCGGCCGUGCCUGCUCACAACACUGGUGGAAUAGAUACUGCAGGACACUCCAUCCAGGCGACGACCGCAACGGCAGGCAGUAUGUCUAUGGGCGCCGCCAUGUCGAUGGCAGCUUCGACAGCAGUGCCAGCUGCACAAUCCCCACUUGCCGGGUUGGGAUUGACAGGAGCGACACCUGCAGUCGGCGUUAUCGGAUCUCCUCCCACCGCCCCUCAUCAACAUCAGCACCUCCAACACCUCCAACAACAACAACAGGCGCAGACACAGGGACACCCAGUCCGGAUCCCUCCACCCAAGACGGCGUCCAGGGCAGCACUGUCGUUGAGUAUCGUCGACCCGGUUGCGGCGGCGUUCCAGCCUGAUCCGACGAUUGAUUUUGAUGAAGCGUCGCAGUGUGUGUACACGUUGAGACUUUUCAUGCAGCAGCAAAGUUUUAGCAGGAACCAAGUCGAUCAGCUGCAUGCGAUUUAUUUGACCCUGGAUUUAAAGCGCAAGGAGAGGGCCCAACAGCAACAGCAACAGCAACAGCAGCAGAUGAAGGAGUAA